AUGUGUCCGGAUUAUGAAGAUAAUCCAAUGGACGUAUGGAAUCCAAAAGUAAAACAGAUACGUCUCGGCAUGUAUUUCAAAUCUAAACAGGAGGUGGACCUUGCUGUUCGAGAAUGGAACAUUGGUCGUGGAAGGGAAAUUUUUGUGAUGGAUAGCAAACCAACUUUAUACAAAGUUAAAUGCUACACCAGAAACAAAAAUUUUAAAAACCCUUUCCCUCAUGCUCGUUUGUGUGAAUGGCGUGCAACGGCAUCAAAACAGAAACACCAACACCUGUGGCAAAUUACCAACUGGGCGCCUGCCCACAGUUGUUAUUCCACGGUGGUGCGCAACAACAACAGGUGCCUUAGAUCUAAAUAUAUCGCUGCACACAUCCUACCACAAAUUUGUACAGACAUUGCGUUGAAGGUGAAACACAUCAGGACGCAUAUAAAGCAAGCGAUGUCUGUCGAUGUUACGUAUACGAAGGCGUGGCGUGGACGAAGAAAGGCAAUUGAGAGGAUAUAUGGAACCCGGGAAAGCAACUUUCAGGAGCUGCCAAAGUACGUGUUACGGCUUCAGUCUCGAAACCCUGGUACGAUGGUUUCAUGGUUUUAUCACCCGCACUCGGCUCCAGGACAUCCAACAUUUAAAUAUGUUUUUUUGGCAUUUGGUACUAUCCGCACGUUUCAUCUUUGCCAGCCUGUCAUCUCUGUGGACGGCACACACUUGAAAGGAGGGUACCGUGGUAAGUUGUUGGCUGCGGUAACCAAAAACGCCAACAACUACAUAAUGCCAGUGGCGUACGCUCUAGUUGACGAAGAGACGGUUCAUAGUUGGUGUUGGGUUUUCCAAAAUUUGAGGGAAUACGUCACCAGAGACUGUAACGGUAGAAUUUGUGUUUUAUCAGUCCGUCAUGCCAGGAUAAUUAAUGUGAUGGAGAACCUUGUGGAUUGGAGGGAACCAAACGCCUACCACCGUUGUUGUCUUCGGCAUGUAAGAAGCAAUUUUAGUGGUAGGUUCAAGACCAAGUCUCUUAGGAAGCUGUGUUGGAUGACCGGGAGCACAAGUCAACGCAGAAAGUAUGUUUGGGCUGUGAGGGAAAUGCGGAUGUUAAAUCUGGAUGCUUGGAACUACCUGAACGACAUCGACAAAAGCAAGUGGACUAUUGUGCAUGACCGCGGAAACCGUCGUUGGGGUAACCUUACGACGAACAUAUCCGAGUCUAUGAAUAAUGUCUUACGUGAAGCAAGACUCCUGCCAGUAAAAGCCUUGAUUCAUUAUACGUGCACCAAGGACGUAUCAGAGUAUGCUCGGCACGCGCAGAUGGCCCAAAGCUGCAAUACCCCUCUACCCCCUCGAAUUUGGUCCAGGUUUAACAAGUUGCAUUCCGUAGCUAUGCGAAGUGUCCGUCUACGAUGUCAGAGAAGGUCGCUACACGGUAGUUUCAAGGGAAGAAACCAAUGA